CAAUGCGUAUAUAGAGAACAGUUCCCUUAGCUACAUCGUCUGCUCUCGUUCAGUGUAUAAAACAGUUUUCAUUCUUUUUGGAUUUCCGUUUUAUUCGAAAGUAUGGCCAAGCCAAUAAAUUUCAAGGACGUGCCCUCCGAGAUGCCUCCCCCCAAGCGCAUACAGCUUGAGGGCGAGGUUACGGUAGCCGAAGCCAUAAACUUCCUCAAGACGCAGUGCGACACACGCAAGGAGCACACGGCAGAGGACCCCCUUCAAGAGGGACCCACCGUGGCGGACGAGCUCAACGCCCGCCUAGCAAUGGUCCAUGUGCGUGAGGCUCGUGCCAAACGCAUCCGACGACUAGUCAAGUAUCCCGCCAACGAGACUCAGGCACUGUACAGGUUCAUCUGCGUGUGUCCUCGAUACCAUCCUUGCUAUGUGCCCUGUCAGCACACCGGACAGAUCAUUAUCGACCGAGAUGUGUUGUCCCGGGAGGAGCACAUAUGUUUUCUGGCUACGCCCAAAAAGGACUUUUCCUCUCCCCAGUUGGCCAAGCAGUCGCGCUACUACACCAAGAAGAUCUUCGUGAACCAAUGCACAGCCCGUGUGGAGCGCCUGGCCGAUCCCCAUCCGAUGCGAGUGAGUGACACCUACAAUUUCUUCAAGGAGUACCUCUCGCCUCGCCACAUAGCCGCUCUGGAGAACCAGAUGAAACCCAAGCCGCCGGUGGAGGCCAUGACAAUGGAGAAGGCGCUGGAGUACAUGGAGGAAGAGAUGCGUCAGCGAAGGGCUGCAAAGCGCGUCCACAAGCGACGGUGCAAAGGUCUCAAGAAGCGGAUCCUAUUGCGCCAGCGCAAGCAGAUGCAGAAAAUCAUUUGCGUCCUGUUUGAGGAAAUGAAGGACUUUCUACUCAACGAUCAGUUCAUUGUGGACGAAAACUCGCCACUAUGUUGUGUAAUUCUUGAGAGACUUCGAGAGUUUACAGAUCAAGAGUUUUACACCACCAGUAAUCUUCGCGAAUAUCAGCGAAUACUGGCCAAUAACCUGACCGUUUGGAUCAACAAGUUCAUAUCGAACUUGAACAUUUACUUGGCGCCGCAACAGAUACCUGUUCAACGACAGAUGAUGGCAGAGAACGAUCCCGAACAGUUUGUGCCCUUGUCGGACUUCAUUUCCCUAUCCGAUGAACCAGGCGCAGAGGAAAUGAUGGAGGAUGUUGAGCAAGGAGCCGCUGAAUAUGACGACUACGGAUAUGGGGAAGACUAUUUACCCGACGUUCUCAAUACCGAUUUGUCGGAGGAAACGAUAAUAGCUUAAUUUAGGCACAUCUUACCCUUCAGCUGAGCCCAAGUCAACUCCUUGUAAACGCCGUUGCUGUGCACCUUGGCCCCGUGAUUCUUAAGUAUGUCCACUGGCAUUGCGCGAAAGAGGAAAUGUAGGAAAUUCUGCAAGGCGUGGAAGAAAAUUUGAAGUGAAUACCCCAAAUCGAAAGUAAAUUUGUUGUAUUGUUUUCCCACCUC